AUGGCACCCGGUGCCAUGUGUGUUCGCUCCGUUAGGACCGCCGGCCUCCCACCGAUGCUCCGAUGCGCGCUCCGAGCGACGCUCUUUGUGGCCGUGGCGGCCGCAGCGACCGCAGCGACCGCGGCGGCCGACGCCGACUGUGAGGAGGUCUCCAUGUUGGUCGCGAAGCAGGUGCCGGGACAGGAGAAGAAUGAUCCUCUCCGCACAGAGACGCAGAAUGAGGUGAUGCUCUUAUCAAGCAAUUUGCAGUACCAAGUUGUCUUCACCGACACCGACGCAAAUGAACUGUCCAGCUUCCUCGAGGGCUGUCGCCAGAUCUUCCUGGACGUUGGAUCCAACCGCGGCACGCACGUCCGAAAGCUUUUUGAGCCCCAGAAGUAUGCUGGUGCCCCAUACCUGAAAGUCUUCGAGCGAGUCUUUGGGCCGGCCUGGAAACGGCGAACGCCCUCCAGUGGCAUUUGUGCCGUUGGCUUUGAGCCCAACAGCGAGUGGAUCCCUCACCACCAGGACAUCGAACGCACCUAUGCAAAGCAGGGAUGGAAAGUCAAGUUUUUCCCGGUGGCCGUCAGCGACCACGAGGGAAAGUUGGAAUUUUUCCACGGAACCAAGGGCAACUCCGAAGUCGGCUUCUCAGCUUUCCGGCACAAUCACAGUGGCCAGACCGUGGAGGUUCAGAUGGAACCCUUCAGCCAGUUCAUCUCCAGGAUCAACACGACGGUGCCCUCGGGAAUUCGCUUGGUGAAGAUGGAUAUCGAAGGAUUGCGCGCUAUUUUGCUUCACCCCCAUGCCAAAGUUGGAGUGGAGCUGGAUGGCAAACAAGGUUUGGAGUCAGUGAACGGCCAAGCUAUGGAGGUUUGCGUUGAGCGCUCCACGAUGCUCAAUGCCAGAUCUGUGACCAUGGAGAACGUGCCAUCUAUCCAGACGCACCCUGACUUUCAACAGGUCAAGAAGUUGAUCAAUGAGUGCAAUUACAUCAUUGGCCAUGAAGGCAUUGACGAGGUGUAUCCAGUGUUGCCCAUCAAGCGCAAGAGAUGGAUGACGACCCUCUUGCCAAAAGGGAUUCUCGUUGAUCGAAUACCUCAAGCAGGCCAGAUUUCCGUCAUGUUUGCCAGUGUUUGGCGCGAAGAACUCACUGGCCUUGGCAAGAGCCUUCAACGACCACAUCUGGCAGAUGCGUUAGACGCAAAAGAUCAUGCCCUGCUGCCGAGGAAUAUGUUGCAAGGUAAAACCAUCCUACUUGGAGGACGUACUCAAUAG